AUGCCUGCAACUACCAGAACUAUGUCCAAAAGACUUCUCUCAUCUAUUUCAAAGGAUGUGGAGUUGCAUCUUCCCAAAGUUUUCUCCCCAAAGGCCGCUUUACAAAAAGUUGUCGUUAAACCAAAGCGUCGCCAGAAACAUUCCAAGCACCACAUCAGACGACAAGCAAAGAAAAAACCCCACCCAAAUCAAGAUUCUAAACAACAGAAGCCUGCCAGAGGACACACAAACAUUGAUUUUUCAUGGAAUACACGCUGCAAUUAUGUUUGCGAAAGACCAGAUCUAGUUUCUUCAGUUCUGCAACUUGCACUAAACACGGGAAUGGCGGUUAUUCGUGCUACACCUCUAGUGGGAAAAACAACUCUUCUUCGGUUGAUUGGAUAUCAUAUUAUUCUUCACAAUCCAGAGCUUGAGCCUCAAGAAUAUUUAGACGAACAGGUAACCCGGGCGCGAAAAGACAAUGCCAGAUACCGUACACAUAAACCUAACGCCAAACUUAUUUAUCUCAUUGACGAAGCUCAAGGCUCUUAUGAAGAUGAAGAAUUUUGGAUUUCUGAGCUCAGAAGCCGCUACACUAGAUCAAGUCGAAUAUUUGUGCUUGUUUGCCUUUAUGGGGCUGCUGGCAUUUCUGAGAUUCAAGAACCGUUCAUUGAAUCGCAAGCUUCGAAAGUGGACGAUCUCAAUCGUAUUGAAUUACGACCAUCAAAAUCCAGUUCUUUAUGUAUGCUCUUCAAAUCACAUGAGACAUUGACCGCAGUUAGUAAAUGGAUCCUGGAGAAUCGUCUUGAUCCUGAUAGCGUUGAUCGAGUAGCUGUAGCCGAGUAUCUUCACUCUGCUACUGACGGUCAUCCGGGAAUGGUUGGAUUGAUUUUGGGUUAUUUUGAAAUGUUGAUUGCACAGAAUAUCGAAAAACGUCGAAGAUGGUCGCCAGACUUCUGUCAUGAGAUCCUUGUCGAGCAUGAUUUUCUACUGGAAUUUCUUACUCAAUGGGGCAGAGGCGUCUGGACAGUCGUAGGAGAGCAACACCUGAAAAACUAUUUGACACGUCAUCCAUCUUGCAGCCAUCUCAAAUAUUCGGAUGUUGCAGAUGCAUUGCGUAAAGUAGCGAGACUACCCAAUGGCUACACAGAGUCAGGAACGAAUAAAACGGAUGCAUUAGCAUUUUGUUAUAAAAUGGGAUUCCUACACGCAGAGUAUCUUAAGCAUGAAAGUAGCGAAGUCACCUAUAUUUUUGCUUCUCCAAUACAUAGAAGAAUCGCAUAUCGCCGUCUCAUUCCAGGUCCGCCAGCAGGAACCAGUUCAGAUACAAUCACCCUUCAGCAAGCUUGUUUAAACGCCAUCGAAAGAUUUAGCCCUUCUGUUCUGCAUCAUCGCUCUCCCUCGUCAAAUACUAGUUGCCAGUCCAAUGCUAAUUGGGGUAUUCCAGAGGCAGUAUUCCAGGAUGAGAUGUAUUGUUGCCUUAACCAGGAGCUUCAUAAUCUACCUAUUUUGUCAGAAUAUGCUGAAACAAAGGAUGGACGAAUCGAUUUCUUUAUCUUUGGCAAAAGAUGGGGUAUUGAGAUACUUCAAUCUGGUACCCAUGGAAGACUAGAAGAACAUGUGGAUAGAUUUAAAGCUGGAGGAAAGUAUCACAAAUGGGGUAUUCUUGAAGAUUACAUUAUUCUUAACUUUUGUUCGAAGUCUUCUCUUGAUGCACUUAAAAUCAAAGAUAUUGAUACGCAAUCGCAUAUUCGCCAUGUUGUCAUUGAUGCAAAUGAGCGCAUCGCGCAAGUAUACACAUAUGACAAGCAGCUGCAAACAAUCCUGAACCUGGGCGAGGGAAGAACCAGGUCUCAUUCACCUGAAGAGCAGACAUCUUCUGGGGAGUCGGAUAUUCGCAUGACUUUGCGAGAUCGAGAGAUAGAAUUGGAGCAAGUGAAGAAAAGGACGGAAGAGGCGCUAAAAAAAAUGAAUCAACUGCAGCUACAGCUUGCGAAAAGAUGA